CACCGCCCGCCGGAAGGAGCCGAAGAGGGCCGAGGCCGCGGCAACCAUCGCGCACUGCUGUUCGGUCUCCGAGGGAGUGCGGUCGACGUCCAGCGAGGAGUUGCAUUCGCUCCCGUCGCAGGCCCUGUAAGAUCUGGAUAUGUCCUUCAUAUUUGAUUGGAUUUACAGUGGUUUCAGCAGUGUGCUACAAUUUUUAGGAUUAUAUAAGAAAACUGGUAAAUUGGUAUUUCUUGGAUUGGAUAAUGCGGGGAAAACAACAUUGCUACAUAUGCUAAAAGAUGACAGACUUGGACAGCAUGUCCCAACAUUGCAUCCCACUUCUGAAGAACUGACUAUUGCCGGUAUGACUUUUACAACAUUUGAUCUGGGUGGACAUGUUCAAGCCCGAAGAGUUUGGAAAAACUACCUUCCUGCUAUCAAUGGCAUUGUAUUUCUGGUGGAUUGUGCAGACCAUGAAAGACUGUUAGAAUCAAAAGAAGAACUUGAUUCACUAAUGACAGAUGAGACCAUUGCCAACGUGCCUAUCCUGAUUCUUGGGAAUAAGAUCGACAGACCUGAAGCCAUCAGUGAAGAGAGGUUACGAGAGAUAUUCGGCUUGUACGGUCAGACAACAGGAAAGGGCAGUGUAUCACUGAAAGAACUGAACGCCCGGCCUUUAGAAGUUUUCAUGUGCAGUGUGCUCAAAAGACAGGGCUACGGAGAAGGCUUCCGCUGGAUGGCGCAGUAUAUUGACUAACCUGGCCGGCCGGCUCCGCCUGCUCAGAGAUUUGAUCGCUCAGCGCGCAGAACUUGAAUUCAAUAGACUUCUGUUGGUUUUAAAAUAGAUAUUUUUUAGAAUAUUAAUAUUAUAUCAACUUAAUUUGAGUGAAAAUUGAAAACUGAUCCAAGUAAGUUUGCUAGUUUCUAAUUCCAUACAGAUAGUUUUACAGUUUAUAAUCUGACAUCAGCCCGGCGCCGUUUACAAAGAGCAGUUUCCCGCAGCACCUUUGAAGCACUUCGUAACCGUGUGAAAGUACAAACACAAGCCAUGUUUAAAAGCUCAUCAUGGUAAAUUCUUUAUGUGCUCUUUUAAAUUUUAGAUCGUGUGUCCACCGCUCAAGUGCACAGUUAGCGAGGAGCUUAUCUGGUGGGGUGACGCCUUCCAGUUCUCAGUAACGCCCUUCUUAGCAAACAUCAUGCAAUAAAGCCGACUCUGACGUGUGGCCCCCUUGCUGGGCAGGUGUUUCGUUGGAGUGUGUCUUGUCUAGCCAGCACUCUGAAGCGUAGCUGUUUAAUAUUCCGUGGGAGAAGGCUUGAGGAAAGGAGACCCUUCAGGAGAUGCAGGAUUACUGUGACCCUGAGGGCUUGCGCAUUGCCCGGGGCAGCUGUGGAGUCGGUGCGUUCCUAACUGGCAGAGCUGCCUUCUCAGUGCAGGCGGCUGUCCUGGUCCUGUGGGCUCAGCCCUCUGGAGCAAAGCACCCGCGCCUGCCAGGCUUUGGGAAGCCAGGCUGUUGCGUCCCUGCUGUCUCACGUUGAAGUGAUCCGGCCUUACUCGUGACAGUUUGGAAUCUGUGCUGCUUCACUGGGGGACGGGGGGGUGACAGGCCCCCAUCUCGCCGCUUGUAGAAGUCCCGGGUCUCUGACGGUCCCGGCCCGGCCAAGCAGCAGCAGGAGCACGUGCAGUUUCAUUGUGGAAUCCAGAGCAUCUAAGGAAAAAGAAGCAGCUUGUCCUGCGGGCGUCUCGCUCCUACCCGUAGCUCUUCUGCCUUCUUUGGCAUGUGUUACUUCCUGACAGGAACAAAAUGAGUCCUGAUUUCUAACGUCUUUUUCCUCAGUUGCUCUCCACCAGACUUGUUUUGGGAUGUAAUGCUUCCUGGGCAGCAGUGUCUGAGGCCUCACUGCUACACUUACUAAUAAAAUGUUAGUUUUU